GCAGAUUGGGCAGUUAGUUCCAUUUCCAGUUCAUAGUUGCAUCUGCACUCACCCAUUAAUUUAGUGAAGAAAAAAGUGACACAUUCAUUGACCCUUGAAACCUACGUACGGCUGCCUAACACACUCACAUGCCUUUAGCUCCUCUUCUACUCCCAUGCUUUUCCCACGGCGUUGCUGCUGUGCAAAGUGGCUGCCUUUUCACUUUUCUUUUUCAUCCGUUAAAGUUCCAUAAAACCCAAGAUCAUGAAAAUCUCUAAUCCCUUAUUCUUAUCACUAACAACAAUGAACUUCUUUCAAUCUAUUAUCUUCCCAUUUCUCUACAACAACAAGGCAAAGCAACUUGGGAUGUGGUUGAUUUGGCUAUGGGGGUUUAUCUUAAUUGGUAUCUCUUUUUAUGCUACUCAACUUAUGCCAUUGCCAUUUUCUUUUAAAGGUCAGAUACUUUUGGAUGGUCCAACUAUUACCAUAUUUACAGCGCCAAGGCCUUUUGUGGGUUCCAUUGGGGAAAGGCAGGCUCUUGCUGUUCGAUCUUGGCUUGGCUUAUCACCAGACAUUACUGUUGUUCUGUUCAGCCAACAACCUUCUGUUUUCUCCUUUGCUGAAUUAUUUAGUCCCCGCGUCUCAGUUGAUCCCAACAUCGAUUUCACGUUCCUAGGCACACCAUUUUUUCAUUCCAUAGUUGCAAGGUCAAAAGCAUCCUCUUCAGAUGUUUCUAUAGUGAUUGAUCCAGACACUAUUCUCUUGCCAGACUUCAUUCAAACUAUGAAACAUGCUCAUAAACUUGAUCAUGAUUGGCUCCUGUUUUCUUCAUCAAAAAGUGUUUCCCACUUCCCAUUUCACUUGGAUGCAGAUGGAAAACAUUGGCUUCAAGAUGAUGGAAGCCGAGUGAAGACCCGAAAGUUGCAGGAUUUCGUUUCACAAGAUUGGAAAUGGAACCUUUGUGACGGAAAAAUGCUAAUAGCUUGGAACAAUGGAGAUCUUCCGUUGCAUAAAGGAGUCCUCCCCCCAUUUCUAUAUGGAAAGGGGCUUCAUAACCGCUGGCUUAUAAAUGAAGCUCUGCUCUCUGAUUUCAGAUUUGUCUUUGAUGCUAGUUGGUCCAUAUCCAAUUUGAACCUUAAUGAUCUUGACCAGGAUUUCAAUCGCACAAGUGAAGAUUUUCUUGGCCUGGCUACUGGAAAAAGGUUUUGGGAAGUGACGGGGAACUCCAAUUUAGCAAUGCUUUAUGGAUCAUUAUAUUUCCAUGAACAGAACUUCUCUAACAUAUUUAGACUUUUUCAGUGUGGAGGAGACUAUCUCUUCGUAAAUUCUGCAAAAAUGGUUGUUUACCCUUUGAGGUACAAAGGAUCAUUGAGUUUAAGAAAACAAGUUAUGUCCAAGUCAACAAGAGAGAAGAAAACUUUGGAAUGCGUUGAUACUAUCAGAUCAACUAAGGGGGCUAAUGACUGCUCUGUGGAGGACUACUGGACUGUGUCGACGCCAAUUUCGCUUCCUUUAUCUUUAGAUAUAUUACUGUCACUUCGUGCAGACAAAAAUAAGACAGUUGUGCUAGCAGUUGUUGGGUAUAGUUACAAAGAGAUGCUAAUGAGUUGGGUCUGCAGGCUGAACCAUCUCCAGAUCUCUAACUUUUUGGUCUGUGCUCUUGACGAUAAUAUAUAUGAUUUCUCCAUCUUGCAGGGCCUUCCCGUCUUCAAGUAUGCCAAUCUUGAAACCAAGAUCAGCUUCGACAACUGUCAUUUUGGAACUGAAUGCUUUCAAAAAGUAACCAAAGUUAAGUCCAGAAUCGUUCUGCAGAUACUGAAGCUUGGUUACAAUGUAUUAAUGAGCGAUGUUGACAUUUAUUGGUUCAAGAAUCCACUUCCCUUGCUUAGCUCAUUUGGCCCGGCAGUUCUUGUGGCACAAUCAGAUGAAUACAAGUUGACAGGACCUAUAAACUUACCUCGACGUCUGAAUUCUGGUUUCUAUUAUGCUUAUUCGGAUGUUACGACUAUUGCUGCUCUUGAGAAGGUUGUGAAGCAUGCAGCAAACUCAAAUCUUUCUGAGCAACCAAGCUUCUAUGAUACUUUGUGCGGGGAAGGUGGAUACAAUCGCAUAGAUGAUAGCAGAUGCUUAGAACCUCAAACGAAUGUGACCGUUCAAUUCCUGGACAGAGACCUCUUUCCGAAUGGCGCAUACAAAGAUCUUUGGCAAGAAAGCAAUGUGAAGGAAGCCUGUUUGAUGAAGGGCUGUUUUAUUAUUCAUAACAACUGGAUUAGUGGGAGAAGGAAAAAGCUAGAACGUCAAGUGCCAUCAGGGCUCUGGGAAUACGAUAUGAGCACAAGAAUGUGUUUGCAGACGUGGCACAAGACAAAAGUUGUGUAUUUUUGAAACAACAAAACUUGGAUGUUUUUUGCUUCUUCUUGUAUCAUGGAAAACUUUGGUUUUGCCGAUUGAGGAGAAUCCAAAGAGAUAUUAUUGUUGGAGGAUAUAGUUUUCUAUUUGGCCUUUGGAGUUAUCACUUGGUUCAUUUGAGAUAAUGUUAAAGUUCAUAAAGGCUGGCCUAGAGAACACAAAAUAUGUUUAUCUUGUUUAUAGAGAUAUCUUGAUCACAACUGUACUCCUAUUAUGAUGCUUGUAGUUGUUGUGGCGGGCUUCUAGUUGCUGGAAAUGCUGAAGCUUUGUGGUAACAAGUCAGGACUAGGCCAGAAUAGAGACAGAGAAUUUGGAAAAAGGAAAAAGUUGAAGGAAACUGAUUCAUUUAGCCUGAGUUUACAACUUAAGGAUAUCACCGUGCGGAUAGUUCAUCCCGGUGGGAAGGUAGAUAUGUACGAAUGUGCCAUUUCUGCAGCUCAGUUAUUAAAGAACUAUCCAGGAAGGCAUGUUGCUUUGUCGGAUUUUUUCGAUCGUCCCCAUGAAUCUCUUCUCAUUGCAGAUGAUAUUCUUAUGCCAGGGGCAAAAUACCUUUUAAUCCCCUCUACUACUGUAGAGAAACUGAAGCGCAAACACUACUCUCAUAAAGCAAAACAUUUCACUGAAAGUGAGGAGCCUAAGUUGGACCGCGAAGAAGUCGUGGAUGUAAGCGGACAUAGUUUAGAGGACUCUAUAUCUUAUGCAAAGGACUUCUAUGCCUCCAAAGAGAGAUGGUCCGGUUGGUUAUGGAAGAAAAGGCAACAGGAGAAAUUUGUACCUCCUAUCCCAACAACAAAAACGUGGAGAGAUUCGAGAUGGGAACCUAAUCUAAAUUCAAUAGAGGAGAUUUCUCCAUGAGUAUCUAUCUUUUCCCGGUAUGUCAAUUUUUUCAUACUGUUUAACUGCAAAGCUCUAUCUUUAGCUAAGGAGAGAUAAUGGUCAGUUUUGCAAGACUGUUCUUUUCCAUUGCUAUCUCUCAAUUAUUAUAUUUUUUUUUUUGAGAUUUGGAUGUCAUUAUUUGUGUUAGUUACAAAUGUUACCUGCUGGAAAGCAGCUGGAAACUGGAAAGACAAGGAAGGAGUAACCUUUGUACCAUGUAACAUUGUGCUAUGUAGUUGUAUACCACAAAACAUACACAGCUCUGAUUUUAGAAGAAAUAAACGGAUUAUUAUCUUUUAAAGUUA